GUUCAUCAAUCAUCAUCAUCAACCUCUAGAUGAGAACAGAGGCAGCGGCGUUUACGAGAACUUCCCCCCAUUCCCUCUCAUCCUCUAACCGUUAUUGCUUCCUCCCCCUCCCUCUUUCUUUUCCCAUCUCCCUCUCUGAACCUUGCCCUUCCGCUUUCCACUUUUGCUGGCGAAACUGAGAUGCAACAGCAGCGACGCGCCACACUGCCAUUGACACUGACCUAGGUGCGACGUCCCUCUCGGCGAAAUAGGAACUGAGAAGCUCGUAUUGCUCCCGCCAACCAUCCCAGACGAGAUCCAUUUCGUCAUUUUCAUUUAGACACCCAGAGUUGCGACAAGCUCAAAUCUCCCCUGUACAUCGAUUAAGUUCAGGCCGAAAUAUAGAAGAUUGCUAGCAAAGAUAUCGACCUUGGUUUACUGCUCUCAUCCCACUUCCAACCGUAUUACCGAUCAGCUUCACCUUGUUACAGAUGACAUCUGUUUUGAGUAUGUUCAGUACUUUGAGCAUAGAAAAAAAGAUGGAGGAGAUUGAAGCUGGAAGCAUUAAGAAACUGACCACUCAAAACUCUAUUGGGGGCCUAUUCAUGCAUGUAAUUGGGAAGGAAGCAGAGACACUGCACCUUCUUCCAUCAGCCAAUUUGACCAUCAACCAGAGUCCAUCAUCAGAUUUUAAACGUGCUCAUGGGAUUCACCAAUGGUGGAGGACGAAUUUGCAUUUGAAAUGACAUAGAGAACCACUAGCAGCAUGCAUGUUUUCAAGCAAAUAAAUCCCAUUAAACAUGGGUUUAAAGGAAUCACCAAGUGUUGUAUGGCAAGUCUACUUGAUUGCAAGGGGCCAUUUUACUGAUUGCAAAUCACUUAUGAAGCAAUCAUUCAGAUGUACAGGACACACCAGUUGCUGGGUUCCAUAUUAAUAGAUGGUACAGUCAUGAAUCAUCUGAAGGUUGCAGAUUUUGGUAUAGGAUAUCUGCAGAUGGGACCCAUCAAUGCAAUAUCUCCUUUUCUCCAUUUCUCCUCAGAUGCUGCAGUGGAAGUCCAUACUCCAGAGGAAGAAGUAGUAAUCGCCUUGGGAAGCAAUGUGGGUGAUAGACUUCAUAAUUUUAAUGAAGCUAUACGGUUGAUGAAGAUGUCAGGGAUUCAGAUCACAAGACAUGGGUGUUUAUAUGAAACAGAGCCUGCAUAUGUGACCGAUCAGCCCCUCUUUCUCAAUUCUGCAGUUAGAGGCAUAACAAAACUGGGGCCCCAUGAGCUGUUGAGUGUGCUUAAGAAAAUUGAGAAAGAUAUGGGUCGAGUUGAUGGAAUAAGGUAUGGCCCAAGACCAAUUGACUUAGAUAUGUUGUUCUAUGGGAAGUUCAAUAUCAUUUCUGAGGUUCUUAAUGUUCCACAUGAAAGAAUUUGGGAAAGACCCUUUGUAGUGGCCCCACUAAUAGAUCUACUGGGUUCUGCCAUAGAUAGUGAUAUGGUUGCGAGCUGGCAUUCUUUUUCAAAACAAACUGGAGGGCUUUUUGAAUUAUGGAAGAAACUUGGUGGUGACUCCCUCAUUGGAAAGGAAGGACUGAGGCGGGUUUUACCUAUUGGAAAUCAGUUGUGGGACUGGUCAAAGAAAACCCAUGUCAUGGGUGUUCUCAACCUGACUCCGGAUAGUUUCAGUGAUGGAGGAAAGUUUCAGUCUGUAGAGACAGCAGUUUCUCAGGUUCGCUUGAUGAUCUCAGAAGGGGCAGAUAUUAUUGAUAUUGGUGCCCAAUCCACACGUCCAUUUGCUUCUAGGAUUUCAGUAGAAGAAGAACUAGAUAGAUUAGUACCUGUCCUAGAAGCUGUUCUGGAAAUACCAGAGAUAGAAGGGAAGUUAUUAUCUGUGGAUACUUUUUAUUCAAAAGUUGCAUCUGAAGCAAUCAGCAAAGGUGCUCAUAUUAUCAAUGAUGUAUCUGGUGGGAAGUUAGACUCCAGCAUGCUUAACGUUGCUGCAAUUCUUGGGGUUCCUUAUGUUGUAAUGCAUAUGAGAGGGGAUCCAUGUACCAUGCAGAAUAGUGAAAAUCUACAUUACGAAGACCUAUGUAAGCAGGUUGCUUCUGAGUUAUAUAUGCAGGCUAGAGAAGCAGAGUUGUCAGGUGUGCCAGCUUGGAGGAUUAUUAUUGACCCUGGAAUUGGAUUCUCAAAGAAAACUGAACACAAUUUGGAAAUUCUCAUGGGUCUACCAACCAUUCGAGGAGAGAUUGCGAUGAAGAGUUUGGCCGUUUCUCAUGCUCCUAUCUUAAUUGGACCUUCCAGAAAGAGGUUUUUAGGUGAGAUUUGCAAUCGCCCAGAUGCCUCUGAGAGAGACCCUGCAACUGUUGCUGCUGUCACUGCUGGGAUUUUGGCUGGUGCAAACAUUAUAAGAGUACAUAAUGUUAGGGAUAACUUGGAUGCUGCAAGGCUCUGCGAUGCCUUGUUGAAGCAAAAAAGGGGCCCACACAUGAUGUAAAUAUUUUCUAAUGUUGGUUUAUUGAGCUAGGCGAGCUGCCACCAUCUCUAUCUGUUUACCAUCAAUCUUUACUAAGAUUAUGUACCUACCACCCAUUGUCAUCCAAUCCUUUGUUAAUGAGAUAGCCUUGGUUUUGAUGGCAUGUAGAAACCAAAGCUAGAAGAGAUGUAAAAUAUGUUGAUUCAAUGUAGACAAAGGUGCAUUUGGCAUUACCUUUGAUAAUUCACUGAACCUGAAAUAGGAAAAGGAAAAAAUUGCAGCUUGGUUUCUUUCUCUUUUAAUUUUUUUUGUAUCAUGUUGUAGCUGUACCAUCAUUUCAUUAUUCAUAAAUCCAGUUUAAAUUAUUCUGUCA